GUUUAGUACCCAUACGCCUCUCUCUCUCUCUCUCGAAACCCUAAAAGCGCCCCCCAAAAGUUUUGAAACCCUAGUUUCUCCCUCCGACAUCCAUGGAUCCUUCUCCCCUCUCCGGUGAUUUUCUCGGCGGGGGCUGAAUCUACUCUCUCGUCGACUCUCAUCGAGAUCCAAUCGCAAUUUUAGGAAUAAGCUGGAGCAUAAAACCACACUUCUAGUUUUUAGAGCAUCUGGGAGAUGAGAAUCGGAGAAUCUAGGCUUAUGAUUUGUAAAUUCCCUCUUUACCAGGCUAGCUUCUUUUGAGUUUUGCCUCUGUAUUUAGCAAGGAUCUGUUUUCCUCUAAAAAAAAUAAAUAUGGGGGCCAAUUGUUGUGUUGCUGCAAGGGACAAGCCCUUGCCGGAUAGGAUUAGUCGUGAACUUUCUAGUUAUAGGAAUGUUAGAAAUUCUCCAUCAUGGAGCUUUCGAUGGGACAACCGAACUCAUAUAGAAGAUAUCAUGGACAAUCCUUCUCGGUUUUCUCAGCAUAAUAGUGGUAAUAUCAGCUCUGAAAGUAAGAGUGGAGCUGACAUAGAAACUGAAGGUCUUUCUGAUGGAGGGAGCCCAUCAUUUAGGCUCCAAACCCCCAAGUUGAGGAAGAAACUAGGAUCUGCUGGAAGCUCUAAAUCGGCUGCUGCAGGUCAAUUGACAAGAAGCAAUUUCUCUGCUGAGGAGAAGGGUACCAUUAAGUCAUCAACUGUAUCAAGUUCUUCAGAUGUGAGACUCUCAUUGUCCAUUCCAUCUACUCCAUCUUCUUCGUCAUUUAAAGUAUCAGAUCCUUCACCCUCAUCUAGAAAAGCACGGCGUUCCCCAGGCUAUCCCUUAUCUAGACAAGUCUCUGACAGCAGGAUCCCUUCCCUCAAAUCCUUGAAUGAGAGCAGCAACUGCUCUCCAGAAGGGAGACCAUCUUUCGUUCUCUCAACUGGAGGGUCUCAUGGCGGUUCCUCAGAUGGCUGGUCGAUGAGAACAUUCACCGAGCUAGUGGCAGCCUCUUCACAGAGGGACCCUCGGUGGUCACUAGACAGCGAAAACACCAGCAGCAACAGCAAGACGGAAAGAUCUUAUUCCUCCUCUUCUGAUCCCCACACCUGCAGGGUAUGCUCAAAGCUAUUGAAGGAGAAGUCUCCAUGGAGUGCACAGAAGAUAGUCUCGACCAACGAGCUCGCUGUGGCUGCAGUUCUCAUUUGUGGCCAUGUCUAUCAUGCUGAUUGCUUGGAUAGCAUAACAUCAGAACAUGAUCGAUAUGAUCCUCCUUGCCCUUUGUGCACAAAUAAUGAGAAACUGACUCCGAAACUGAAGGCAAGAAGCAAGAUAUCUAGAAGAGCUGUAGCUGAUAUUGAUGUCCAUGGAGAAUGUAGAAAAAGUCCGAGCAUGGGGGCGAGCUUGAGCAUGAAGAGGCCAUUCUUGAAACGUCACUUCUCUAUUGGUUCACACCCAGUGUCGGAAAAUGAGACGACGAGGAGGAAGAAAGGGUUUUGGUCGAGAAGCCGUAGGGAUUGAAAUUGAAUGAGCUCGCCCGACAAAAGAGGGUAAGAGGAUUCACUGGUGGAGACUGCCAAAGAGCAAGCUAGUUCCAUAAGCAAUAUGAUUACACAGGCUACCAAGUAGAAUUUUGUUCCCAUUGUUUUUGCUGAUAUCAUGUGAGAGAUGAAAAUUCAUUGUAUAUGGUCUUCUGAGCUUUUUCAUACACUGUAUUUUUCCUUUCUGUAAUGUUAGAACAACAUGAUUGUUCCGAACUUGUUUUUCCUACGUGAAGUAACUGACAUUUUUACCCCAUCAUUAUUGAAAA